GGAAGCACACAUUACGCCAACCAGCGUGAGAAAACCAGAAAACUCACAUGUGGUAUCAAACUGGAAAAAGAGGGCACGCUCAUUUUGAACAAAGUUUCUGACGUACACUCAUACUGGGGAAUUUAAAGAAAAUGUCUGCAGCUAAAGUGAAAAUGCGGGGGAAGAAGAUGAGAAACCAGCCCGCCAGUGUUCAGUAUCCAUCUUCUCCCCUAACUGUGGAGAGCAGCCCAAAGAACGGAGGAGACAGCCCGGUCACCGGUGUAGGUGUCCAUGAGGGUCCAUCUGCUGUCCAUCCAUUUACAGCAAGGCCAAAGAACCCUCACCAACGGGGCGGGUGGGUCCGAGGACACCAGAAAGAUGGUGGAGGCUACGCCAAGGAGAUGCCGAAGUACAUCACUGCUGGAGCUUUUGCCAUGGCCAGGGCGGCAGAGGUAUGCACCAUGCUGAAACCUGUCACCAAGACAACGGGCAGCUGCCAUGUGUUUGGAGCCCUGCCCAAACACAUGAGGAGACGGGCCAUGAGCCACAACACCAAGCGGCUCCCUCGCAGACUGCGAGAUGCAGCCAACAGAAUGCGGGAGAAGAGCCUCCAGGCCGGCUCAAAGAAGAAGAAGGAACAGGCAAAGGGCAAGAGUCGCAAGGCCCGCCGCCGGCACGGAAAUCUGCUGCUGGAGUUCAACCGCCGCCAGAGGAAGAACGUGUGGCUGGAAACGCACAUUUGGCACGCCAAACGCUUUCACAUGGUUAAAAAGUGGGGCUACUGCCUUGGGGACAGACCCACAUACAAAUGCUACCGGCCUAGCUACAGGGCAAUGAGCAGCCACUGCUUGCUACAGGACCUUUCUUACUACUGCUGCAUAGAGCUACAGGGAGAGGAAGACAGGCUGCUGGCUUCUCUGUCACAGCUGUGCAGUAAGGCGGCUGGUCCUACAUUUGCUGCAGCAGUGUGUCUAUCAGGGCGAAGGCAGGGCAGUGUGGUGGUGUACCGAGCAGGACUGUACCCCUCCCAGCCCCUGGGCCCCGUCACCUUCCUCUGGAGACCCCGUGCACAGGGCUCCACCCACAGGCAGCUGUGGAUCUGGGCUCAUCCCAAUAUGAAACAGGACCUUCUUCCAGAGUUACAGGCUGUGUGCGAGUGUUGCGAGGCUGUACUUCCCCCAGUUGUUCCAGAGGUGACACCUGCUGAGGUUGGUCCCACCACAGAACCAGAGCCAAAGGCUGAAAAGAGCGCCGAGGCCAAGCAGAUGACUGGAACCAAGAGAAAGCAAACCUUCAAAGAUAACGAUGGACCUCCUGCAAAGAAAAUCCUGGGAGAUGGAACCAGAUCUCCCACCACCCCAGUCACCUGGAAGUCCAGCUCAAACGGAAUAGUUAUAAAUGAUCUCACCAUGGAGAUUGUACGCUAUCGCCUGAUUGGACCACAGUCCCAUUCUGUUCUGGCAGAAACUAUGGAAGCCGCUACAGACUGUGAUGAAACGGAUAAAUCCCAGCCCUCUUCCCUCUGGUGGCCUGAGCACUGCAAAAACGAGAGCAAGAUGAAUCUGCAUCGACAACAAGCUGACGUCUUUCACAUACUGAAAGGAAUCCAUUCCACUGGAGGGCUCCCCUCAGGCACAGUGCUCGGUCUGACUGUAGAUGACCCCAGGCUGACUUUACCAACAAAGAAGGUUAAAGCUUUGCCCUGUGUAAGGCAGGCACAAGAGGUGGCCGAGGAGAAGAGGAGGGAGCUGAUGUUGCGAGGAGUACCAGAACCCUGCUGUCAGAGCGACCUGUGGGACCAGUCUGUCCGGGACAACGUCACUGAAAACAAGAUAUCCGAGCAGGAGUUGAACCGUAUGAGGAGCGAGGUGCUGGUGCCGGGCACCAGGCUGAGCCCCACCCCCCCGCAGGGCCGAGUCCCCGUCCUGCUGGUCCACCAGCCGGGAAAGCAGCUGGGACACGAGAUGAGCUCCUGGGGUGCUGGUUGGGACCUGCUGCUUCCUAAAGGAUGGGGCAUGGCCUUCUGGGUCCCGCUGGUGUACAGAGGAGUUUGCAUCGGAGGGCUGCACAUGAAUCUGAAACACUCCCAGAAUAAAGGAGCCCCCCACUUCCCCCAUGAUUACCCAGACUGCCCUGCAGGUGUUCGUUUUCAGGAGGAGCAGGAGAGACAGCUCCUGGACAAGUUCAAAAGGCGUCCGUCCACCAAAAGGACCAAUUACAUUACACACGGCUGUCUGGCUCCGUUCUGUUGCCCGUGGCAACAGCUGGCUGAGGAAUGGGAGCUUAUCUCGAAGCACGGAGGAGAGGAGACAAAAGGAGACCAAAACCAAACCACAGCAGAGGCCGACACGCUGAUGGAGGAGGAGAUGGCAUCACAUGUACCCGAGCCUCCGAGCCGAGUCACUGUACUGCGGAACAGAAAGUCCCUGAGGCUGCUCGCCGGUUGGUGCGUACCCACAACAUCCAAAGGCCGGAGGCGGUGCCGUGUCGGGGGGGUGCCACCUCUCGACCGUUCUGCUGUGACGUCGUUUCUCACCGCGCAUGGGAUGAGUCUGGUGUGGGUGCGUUUGACAAUACUGUCCAAGGGCAAACCGGAGCUCCACGCCAUGGUGUCUGCGCCGACUGCGGAGGACCUGAAGCUGCUGAAGAAAGAUUCUGUCAGCGGCCCCCAGGAGCCCCCGCACAAAGACCACUUAAAAAGUAGAAUCAGACGCCAAAAGAAGGCCCUCAAGAAAGCCGCUAGGUCAUCGUUGCGUGGUGAUAAAGCUGAGGGCAACGAGUCAGACCUUCCCUCAGCCUCCGAACCCAAGCCCGCUACAUCUGAAGACGCCAAAUCCUCCUCCCAGUCUUCGCACCUCGUGGUCGGGCUGUGGCCGGAUCCCCUGCCGAGCGUCACCGCUCACUGCUCCCGGGUGACUCUAGGCUGGGUCACUCAGGGCGACUUCUCCCUGACUGCAGGCUGCGGGGAGGCUCUGGGCUUCGUCAGCGUCGCCGGUCUCCUUGACACCCUCCUCAACCAGCCGAUGGAACACAGAGGAAUGUUGCUGGUGCGGGACCCCACAUCCCUGCACUACCGCUUUGCUAAAAUCAACAUAGAGGUCUGAUAGGAACAUCUUCUACUUAACUUCCAAAAACCUCUGAAUUCUUGGGUAACGGAGAAAGAUCGACAGGACUUCUGGCAUGCAAAGGCCUAAAAUUAUGUUAUUGAGUCGUCGCAUGAGUCCUUAUUCACUAAGUGAUCCCUGUGCCUUGGUAGUCUGUUGGCUAAGACUGGCAUGGGUAAGGCAUGACUUCAAGCUACCUGGUGGUGUUUUUG